AUGCGCGAUACUGGAGUAGCCAUGUUCAUAUGGGAUUUCUACAAGCUCGUUUUGUGGUUCAUUACACUAACUUAUUGGAGAAGAGAGACAAUAUUACAAAGAUGGAAUUACAGUCGUAUUCCACAGUAUCUGUAUCCGCUGCACUACCUCAGUCUAUCGGCAUCCACUGCAGAGAUAUCGCUCUUUAUUCUAGAGGCGAACGAUUUUAAGGAUAUAUUUGCUACCGCAGUGUUUUGGAUAAAUUCCUUCAUGCUUCCUCCUUUUUUACUCUUGUCAAAAUGGCUAUUCUUCAGCCAUUUGUCAUUUUUGCAGGUUUACUGGAUGCAUGGAUUUAUAGUUUGGAUCAAAUUUUUUUUGUGGUUCAACCAACUCAUUGCAAAGACAAAAGAUGGUUCAGAAAAGGCAAAAUGCAUCUUUAGAAUUUCAUUGGGAAUAUCCAUAAUGGCAUGCGGAUUUGCCGGAGCCAUGUAUGUUAUGCAGGGAGUACAUCCAGACGCGGAGGAUGGAGGUUUUGGCUAUAUAAUAGGACAAUACGCUUCUUUCUUCUACCUUGCCAUUAUCACAUUUUCCACAGUCGGUUAUGGUGAUAUGGCACCGUCAACUAUACAAGCAAAGAUAUCCGCAAUUUGCUUCAUUUUUUGGAUGCUCAUGUGGGUACCCAUGACCAUUAACAGAACCAUCCAAUUAGUUACGGGAAAAAAUAGAUUAAUUGGUCACUUGUCAUCAUGGGCUGGAAUUAAACGCUUCAUAUUGAUAAUUGGUGAUGUGGAUCCAUUUCAACUUUCUCAAUUUAUCUCAAGAAUAUAUUACUCCUCGCAAAAACUGUUAGUUUCGCAUAAAUCCAUAUGCUCAUCUAGGAGAAUUGUUGUUUUGACUCCAAACGAUAUUGACAUUUACAAUAACCAGGUCACACAGGCUUACACCCUUGGUGUUCCACUUUGUAUUAUGAGAGGUGAUAUAGACUUGGGCUCGGAUUUAGGCACUUUGGAGACAAUUAGGGCUCAGUAUGCAUCUUCUAUCUUUGUUCUUUCCUCUUUCAAAGGCUCGGAUUUAAGGAAACGAGAUGUGAAGACGGCUGUCAGAGCCAUUGGAGUUAAAAAAUACGGAUGCAAUAGUGAAAAUAUAAUGAUUCAGUAUUGCUCCUCUAUAGGUCACAAUAUAUUUUCCAGACCAUUUGGGAGUGCAGUGAGUCUGCACGAGCUGAAAAUAUCGAUCAUUACAAAGAAUAUAAUAUGCCCCGGAAUCAUUACCUUGAUAAUUAACUUAACAUUAAGCUAUAAUAACAUUGGGCAAUCUCUCUCAUCUAAAAGAGAUCCUUCGGGCAUAUAUCAAUCGUAUCUUAAUGGAGUUGAGAAAGUUAUAUGUGUACACAAAAUACCAGAAAAUUUUAAAGGUGUCACUUUUGAGUCCCUUUGCAACACAUUCUACAAACUCAACGGGCUUAUUAUGAUUGGUGUAAUUGAUGCAGAUGAACCAGACUCGUACAAAAUAAAUCCUAGUGGAACAGAGUAUUAUAUUAAAGAUGGAGACUCUGGUAUUUUCAUAUUGGAUUCAACAAAUUCUCCAAGUUUUAGCCAAGAGGCUGAAACAAACGAAUCAGUUGUGAUAAACAGAAAUUCUCUGCUAUCAAACUUUAUUAAAAGUGGAAUUUUGAAGAUAAAGGGUCAGAAUUUGUCUGAUUUUGCAGACUAUGAGACUACAAACGAGGAUUAUGAAGCUCCAAAGGAAAUUUUAAAAAUGGACUCCCUUGUACCAUCUGAGAAUACUACACAACAUACCAAGAAGCUGGAGAGAGGAGUUAUGGUUGUAAACUCCAUAACUACAGCAUGCAAAUAUGUCUUUAAAAAUAGAUCGCUUCCCAUAAUCGCCAUUAUUGGCUUUUCAGAUUUUGUAUCGCAACUUUUAAUGUACUUUGAAACGGUUGAACUCUUUAACAUUGUUAUCAUGGGUCACAAGAUAUCCACAAUGUUAAAUUUGGGUUACUUGGAACGCUUCAAAGAUUUUCUCGCAGUAAUCGAUGUUGACUUGAUGAAACAAUCCGAUGUAAUUGCAGCUGAAUUCCACAAGGCCAACUAUUUUUAUAUUACUCCAAACUUAGUUGAAAGUUCAUCGGAUUUCGAUAGAGACCUCACCACUAUUGUAAUUUAUAGACAAAUAAAGAGCAUUUUAGUUUGUACAAUGUUUUAUUUUACAGUAAACUUACAGAAAAGUUUGCAAUCUAUGGAUGCAGAGUCGGUGACAAGUAUGUUCAAUCUUGUGGAGCUUGAGAAUUUAUUCAAUGUGACGUAUCUGGAUGACUCAAAAUGGACACAAUUGAACAUUUUAAAGGAACGUGUGGAUUCGUCCCUCGUCUAUAUAAAUUCCCGCGAGUAUGCCACAGGACAGUUGAUUAGCGAUGAAAUGCUCUACAAUGUAAUAAUGACAUCAUUUUCAACUAUUGACAAUUUUACGCUUUACAACAUCCUUUUGGAUAUGGUAAGCGUCCCUGGAUCGAAAAGGAAAUGUAACGGGGUUGAGCUUAUAAAUAUCGGUGAACUUAACAUCUCUGGUGUUAGGAGAACGUUUGGAGUUGUUUUUCAACAUUUGUUGUCUGAAAGGAAUGCCAUAAUGAUCGGAAUAUACAGAAUAGAAAUGAAUCCAAUGGAUAAUUUUGUAAUUUGUGCACCUGGGCCAAACUUUUUGGUACAUAACAGUGAUAUGGUUGGUUUAAAGAUACCAUUUGACAAUAUACAGGCUUAUAUAAUAUCCAAAAGUGAUCAGCUAUUCUGCUAG